AUGAGUCUCGUAGCUCAGGCAUCGCCUACCACUGUUGAUGACGUUAUUAGACUGCUAUUUGAUCAGUACAUCCAACUACAUCCCAUAAAUAACGAAUAUUUAGCAGUGAAGAAACCUUUUUCUUCGUCGUCGUCGUCGUCGUCGUCGUCGUCUGACGGUAACGACGACAACAACACGAGUAGAAGUCACAUACAGCAAUGGUUCAACUUACGCAACUUGCCCCUCGUUGGCCGCUUCAUCCCCGAGAUAGAUGCCAAAACAAAACUCAUAAACGAACUACUCGAAUAUCAGAAAACGACAACUACGUAUCGAGACUGGUACACGAUUUCAUUACGGCUAGAUGAGCUACUAGGCAACAAUGCCUGGAAAUCCGAUCCGCAAUCGGACAUAUACGAUUACAACUUGAUCUAUAAACAUUUGAAUGCCAUGAAACAAGCACGGCUCGAUAAUAAUUACAAGUUGUUGUUGUAUUUAAUCCGAACUACAUGGGUGCGGAAUUUAGGCAAUAUGGGGGACUCCAACUUGUAUCGACAUUCGUAUGUUGGGACGAAAAAGUUGAUUGAGGAGUAUAUACAAGAAUGCCAAGUUUCGUUGAUGUACCUCGUGGAGCAGCAAGGGCAUAGUGGUGGUGGCAAGGGCAAGAAAAAGAUUGAUUUGGAUGAUCGGUACUUGUUGGGAAUGUUGAUCCAAACUAGGAAGAACAUUGGCAGAACCGCGUUGGUUUUAUCUGGGGGUAGCACUUUUGGGAUAUUCCACGUGGGAGUAUUGGCCACUUUGUUUGAAGCCAAUUUGUUGCCGAGGAUAAUCAGUGGGUCAUCGGCGGGUUCGAUCAUGGCUAGUAUUAUAUGUUCACAUACCAAUGAAGAGACGAUUGAGUUGUUGCAAACUAUAGCUCUGCGGCAGUUUAACAUCUUUGAUAUUACUGAUAAAGUUGAAACUUCGAGCAAGUUCAAAAAAGUGCUUUUGUUUUUGGGUCAUUGGAUCAAGUAUGGUACUGUUUAUGAUAUCGAAGGGUUGCAGGAGACAAUGAUUAGCUUUUUGGGGGAGUUGACAUUUAGAGAGGCGUAUAACCGUACGGGGAAGAUCUUGAACAUUACCGUGUCGCCCGCUUCGAUUCAUGAACAAACUCGAUUGCUCAAUUAUAUAACUGCUCCAAACUGUUUAAUUUGGUCUGCUGUGUGUGCUAGUUGUUCAUUACCUGGAGUGUUCCCCUCGAGCUCCGUUUACGAAAAGAACCCCAAAACGAACGAGGUGCACGAAUGGAAUAAUGACGAAUCAAUGAAGUUUAUGGAUGGAUCAGUCGAUAACGAUUUACCCAUAACUCGAUUACUGGAGAUGUUUAAUGUUGAUCAUAUAAUUGCGGUACAAGUGAAUCCACAUGUUGUUCCAGUAUUGAAAGUUUCCAUAAGUAGUGUUGGAGGCGAUGUUGAAAAUGAAUUGAGCUAUAAAUUGAAACAGAGUUUGAACAAUGUUUACGAUUUUGUGAUUUCUGAAGCUAUACAUUAUUUGCAGUUGCUCAACGAGAUGGACAUAUACAAGAACUUGGCCAACAAGACGGUGUCCUUGUUGUCACAACGGUAUUCCGGGGAUAUUACGAUAUUGCCAGAGUACAAGUGGCAAGAUUUCACCAAGAUUUUGCUGAACCCCAGUCACGAUUUCCUUUUGGAGUUUAUAUGUCGUGGUGCCAAGGCGUCGUGGCCCAAGAUCAGCUUGAUUGAGAAUCAUUGUCGGGUCGAGUUUGUUUUGGAUAAGGCAAUCUCUAUUUUGAGAGGGAGAAUUGUGACGUCGGGGAAUUAUCGCUUGACCAAUUCGCCAACUGCUAUGGCUACGACGACGUCGGCUGGGGGUGGUCACGGUGGUGGCGGUGUGACGAGUGGUAAAGUCAGUUCAAAAUUCAAUGGUGGUGGCAGUGGCAAUGGCAGUGGCAGUGUAAAUAAAGGAAACUCGUUGGCAUUAAUACCGAUGGGGUUGAAGGAAAAAGGAGGGAAUAGUAAUACGAGCAGUGACCACAAUGGCAAAGGUAAAGGGAAUGGGAAUAGUAACGACAACGGCAAUGCUAACAGCAAAGUGGACAAUGACCCUAAAGUGGGUGCUAAUGGGGAGAGCAAUGGCGAUUCGGACAUUGAUUUUGAUUUUGAUGGUGAUGUCGAUGUUGACCUUGAUCUGGAUGCAGAAGCGGCCAAUGUAUCAGUAGCCACUACGCCUCUAGUUACAGCAACACGAACUCCACCACGAGUCUUGCGAUCGCUGGAAGAACGGCAAAUUAGACAAGGUAUACGGAAAUCAAAGUCUUCAAACUUGAUCAAUUCCGUACGGUAUUAUAGAGACAAGUAUGGAGAAGCUGGAGGAGGAGGUGGUGGUGGUGGCAUUGGUGUAGGUGAAUUUGCGAGUAAAAACAGUGGUAAUGAUGAUGGUGGUGGUGGUGGUGGUGGUGAUGCUGCUACUGCUACUGCUACUACUACUACUACUGGUGCACCAGAUGGAUAUGGGCUUGGAGAACGGGCUAAUUUACCGUCUAGAUCUAGAUCGUUGAAGAAUUCGUACAUUGGAUUGAAUCGAUUGAAUGGGGAUGAUGUAUAG